AGAACAACGUCGUUGAUUGGCUGCAUUCUCACGGGUCGAGGAAGCCUGAAUCUGAAAUAGAUUGCUCUCUUCAAAAGGACGUUUCUGAAGAUAUUGUACGGCUUCGCGGUGGAAACGUUCUUUGCGGUACUUUUCAUCUCACAGUAGUCUGUUGCUCUGUAAUUGUAGUGACAGGGUUGAAAUAUGCGACGGUUGAAAGUUAAAGUAGUGGGGGACGGCGGAGUUGGAAAGACAUCCUUUCUCAUUCGUUGGUACAAGGAGAACUUUGCUUCAGAAGAUGAUAUACCUUUAUUUCCAGGACGGGAACGGAUUUUACCAUCUGUGCAAGAUCCUUUUUUCACGAACAUGACUGUGGACCAAGUUAGCUAUUUGCUAACUUUCUGGGACACAAUUUGUGGGGCUGAUUUCCUAAAAUUUCGACCCAUGGAAUACGAGGAGACUGAUGUGUUUCUCGUGUUUUUCGACAUUUCCAAUCCCAGCUCUUUUCAAAACGUCUCUACCGUCUGGGUUCCUGAACUGAAGCAUUACAUGCCCUCAGCUCCAAUUCUCGUCGUUGGAAACAAAACAGAUCUGCGCAAAACAGGCGACUCUCCUGAUGGCAUGAUUACAAUUGCAAAGGGCCGUGAACUGGCAGAGAGACUGGGUACCUGUUACUGUGAAAGCAGUGCAGAUACGGGAGAUGGUGUGCACAAUGUCAUCCAUACAGCAGUGGGUUUGGCCAUCCAGAACCAAACUCCUCCAAAGAUCAAGUUAAAUUUGAAAGUUUUCAAGUGGCGGGGGAAGACACCAAAAAUCUUACAACAUGGACCAGAGCCCCCUGUGUUAUCUCCACCAGAUCCGAUGCCACAAGUGAAAGUUCUUCCUUCCACAUUUACUGAUGACAUGAAGAAGAUGUACAGAGAUGAAUCAGGGAAUUCAGAUAUUAAACUUCUGUUCAAUUCUAACAAUCACCCACUUACUGCACAUAAACUCAUCCUCAGCGUAGGUUCUGCAGUCUUCCGUGAUUUCUUUUUGAACCAUGGUGAAGAAGUGGAACUUAGUAGAUUGCUGAGUAAUGCUGAUUCCUGUUCAUGCUUUAUGACCAAGGAAAACAAAGCAAACACUGGAAAAAAGAGCAGUACAAAAGACAGGCUUCAUUUGGCUGCAAACCUUCAAAAUUCUGUGUCCAAUCACCAAAGCUUGUCUCUUUCACCAAACUUGGAGAGAAAGUCUAAAACAGGAAGACCAAAGAAUUGCUUGCAUUUCAAUAACAGUGUUUCAGGCAGAGCUUUUCAGCAUGUUCUAGAGUUUCUUUAUACAGGUUCACCAAACAUUUCCUCUGAUACUGAUGAGGCACUGUUAACCAAAGUGAUGAGCUUAUCUCACAGGUUGCGCAUUCCUUGGCUGGGGCAAAUCUGUGAGAAUGUAACAAAUGGGGAGAGCUACCUUAUUCCAAGCAUGGUUGCCAUUCUUCAUAAGGAAAGAAGCAAAAUUGUUAAAGAGAACUUUGUAAACAAGCCACACUUUUCAGAUGUUAUUUUUCAUGUGAAGAAUACCAUUUUUUAUGCUCACAGAGCUGUGUUGAUGGCAAGAUCAGAGGUCAUGGCAGCGAUGUUUGGUGGUGGCUUCAGUGAACGUGAUAGCCUAGAGGUGACCAUCAAGGUGACAACAGUGAGGAGUUUCAUGGUGCUAUUGGUGUACUUGUAUACUGAUACAUUACCCAGUGACAUGUCUGUUGGCGACUUCAGGGAACUUGUGGUGCUUGCUGACAGGUUUUGCCUGCCACAGCUUAUUUCGGUUUGUGAAAAUGCUAUUGUAGACCUAAUUGGGGCUGAAAUGAAGAAGAAACGAAUGACGGCUGUGAACUGUAAUGACAUCAUCAACUUGCUUCUUACUGGACAGGCUCACAAUGCACCUCAGUUGGCAAGAUGGUGCUUGUAUGUGAUCACAACAAACUACCCUGACUUUGAAGCUUGUGAUGAUUUUGACCUGAUUAAGGGUGACAAUCGAAGACACAUCCUGGAACAUCGUUGGCCUCCACUCUCCUAUCUGAAAGAGUUGGAGGAGUUUAAGAGGAAGACUGGGAGAAUGUAAAAUACAGAAUGUAACUUAAUAUAGCACUGAGAUAAAUUAUGUUAUUAAAAACUGGAUCAUUGGAUAAUGUAAUUCAAGACUUUUCAUUGGCUCAGCCAUUAUGGUAUAUGAGC